AUGUCUCAGCAAGAAGCUUUUUGGGUGCAUACGGAAGACUGGCAUACAGCCGGCGAGCCCUUCCGCAUCGUACCGGACCUUCCACCACAUUGCACCACUACAGGAGACACAGUAUGGGAACGCCGGCUCAACAUCAUGAACCAGCCAGACCACCCACUAAAUCUUUUGCGUCAAUCCCUCUGCCAUGAGCCGAGAGGCCAUGCUGAUAUGUAUGGAGGCUUCAUUGUUCCUCCCAACGACUCUGGUGCCCAUCUUGGUGUCUUGUUCUGGCAUAGAGAUGGGUUCUCGACAGCUUGUGGCCAUGGAACGAUCGCCCUAGGUCGUUAUGCCGUAGCCAAAGGGCUCGUGAAAUCUGUACAAGAAGGCCCAGUCAAAGUCGUCAUCGACGUGCCUUCCGGGCGCGUGGUAGCAGAGGUCAAUUUCAGAGCCGGCAAAGUGGUUCACGUGAACUUCAUCAACGUCCCCAGCUACCAGUAUGCCAAAGACGUACCUGUGAGCGUAUCGAUAUCUGGUGCAAAGACUUUGCAAAUCGAGGUCGACCUUUCUUGGGGCGGAGCUACUUGUGCAUCUGUUGAUGCCAGUGAUAUCGGUGUAGAGAUCAAGCCGGCCAAUGCUCAACGCUUCAUCGAACUUGCUCGUCAGGUCAAGGCACAGGUUGGGACACGCGGAGACCAUAAAAAUACAUCUCUCUACACCAUCGUUUUCUUCGAGACACUCAACGACAGUGACGAAGCCAUUGAACAAAAGAGUAUCACUGUUUAUGCAGAAGGUGCUAUCGACAGAUCUCCUUGUGGCAGCGGGACUGCUGCUCGAAUAGCCGUCUUGCUGGCACAAGNNGGGAAGCUGAGUGGCGACAAGAGACUGAUCCAUCAUUCCAUCAUCAACACGACUUUUGAAGCUAGAGUCAUCUCUCAGUACCAGGAGGAAGAAUCCGACUAUCCAACUUGUACACCCGAAGUCAGAGGGAACGCUUACCUCACAGGCCGCCAUAGCUUCUUCAUCGACCCGAGCGAUCCAACAUACCCUGGUUUCUUCUUCUAG